UCCUCCUCCUCCUCCUCGUGCGCGGCGCCAUGGCACGGCACGGCGCCAGCCUGCUGCUGCUGCUGCUCGGGAUGAUGCCAGCUCUCCUGGUGGCCGUCAGGAUCAACGGCAAGGGCCGCGAGGUUCUGUACCUGGCCAAGGGCGACUCGGUCAAGCUGGGCUGUCCGUAUGUCCUGGAGCCCGAGGACAACGGACCCCAGGGCGUGGGCAUCGAGUGGAUCCAGAUCAGCCCCGAGAGACCCAGCCCCGAGAACGUGUUCCUGUCCUACCAGGACCACCACGUGAACUACGGCAGCUCGGGGCUGCAGGACCGCGUGGCCUUCGUGCAGACGGACCCGGGCCAGCGCGACGCCUCCAUCCGCGUGGCCGACCUGCAGGAGAGCGACACCGGCACCUACCAGUGCCGCGUCAAGAAGAACACGGUGGCCGUGCACGAGGUCAUCGUCACCGUGCAAGGUGGCCCUGACAGUGUCCCGUGUCCCCCUGCCCCAGCAGAGAAGCCGGCGGCCCCGCAGUGCUGGAGCGAGGGGGAGCUGAUCGAGGGGGGCUCGGUGCUGCUGCGCUGCUUCAGCCGGGGGGGCACCGCGCCCCUCUCGUACCAGUGGGCAAAGCUGGCCGAGGGCUACGGGGGGGGGCGCCUGCCCGCGGGCACCCUGCAAGGCCGUGCCCCCGGUGACCUCCUGAUCCGCAGCCUGACCGUCAGCCACGCUGGCACCUACCAGUGCCGUGUCACCAACCGCGUGGGCUACUCGGUGUGCCAGCUGAACCUGAGCCCGGGGCCACGUGACCGUGUCCCCGUGCCAGGCGGGCGCCAGGCUGGCAUCAUCGUGGGCUCCAUCCUCGGCUCGCUGCUCCUGCUCAGCCUGCUGGGGCUGCUCAUCUGGGCACUGAUCGCCCGCUACCAGCGCAAGGAGUGCCAGCGCGCCUGCAGCGACUGCCGGAGCAGCACGGGUGGCACCAUGCCCCGGCCCUGCGCCGCCUGUGCCCACCACUCGUACUCCCCGCAUGGCAUCAGCUACAUGCAGUGCCAGCACGGCGACAGCGACGAGCGCGCGGCCGCGCUGCUCUGCAACGAGGGCAUGCGACACCAGGUCACCUGUCCCGCGCUGUGACACCGCUGUGACAUCACCGUGACAUCGCUGUGACAUCACCGCGACAGAAACAACGACACCGAGAGCCCGCCCCCAGAAGUGACGGCAGCGGCGGCUCCGCAAGCCCAAAAAAAAACCCGAAAAAAGCUUCGAAUUUCUACAAAGUUC